AUGGACAUCAUCAAAUCCGACUCCGAUAGCAGAUGUGAAGAUGGGAAUGAACAGGAAAACGGCAUAACAACAAUGAAACGACUUCUUCUACACUUCUUCCUUCAUGGGCCAGGAAGUGGGCGUGUUCGCUUCGAGGGUCCGCCCGUGUCAGCGGAGAGGACGUCGCCAUCCAUUGACGGCAGCUGUGGCGAUAUGGGAGCCGGUAACGACGUUCAGAUGGAGAAGAACGGUUCAGAACCUCGUGUCUACGCGAAACGAUGGUCAAUUUUAAUUAUGUUCAUUUUGCUAAGCGCUUCAAAUGGGGCUCAAUGGAUCAUGUAUUCGGUGAUCGCGCAAAUUAUCGCUGAUUUUUACGAAGUCAGCUACACUGCCGUCGAUUGGACCAGUAUGAUCUACAUGCUCACCUACAUAUUCCUGUUUAUUCCGGCAUCAUACUUGCUUGACAAGUACGGAUUACGUGUUUCAAUACUUCUCGGUGCAACUGGUAAUGCAAUUGGAGCAUGGAUAAAAAUUUUCUCCACGAGUCCAGACGCUUUCUGGAUCACAUUUAUCGGACAAACGAUUGUUGGUGCUUCACAAAUGUUCACACUUGGAAUUCCACCACGAUUGGCGGCUGUAUGGUUUGGGCCGAACGAGGUCUCAACAGCAUGUGCUGCUGGUGUUUUUGGGAAUCAGCUGGGAAUCGCUCUUGGUUUUCUCGUUCCACCUCUUUUGGUACAUAAUGGGACCAAAGAAGCUGUUGCGUAUGAUCUCAACAAACUUUUUCUCUGUUCCGCCGUGCUGAAUUCGCUUAUUCUUGCGGUGAUUCUCUGCUUCUUCUCCGCUCGACCUCCAACUCCGCCAAGUUUAGCUCAAAUAACCGCCCAAGAAGAGAAAUCAAUCGAUAGUAAUUUUUGGAGGACCUUGAGAAAACUCCUAACCAGCAAAGAUUUCGUUCUUCUCUUCAUUACUUACGGAAUAAACACUGGAGUGUUCUAUGCAGUGUCGACGCUGUUGGCACAAAUGGUCCUACCAUUCUAUCCGACAGAAUCGGAAACUAUCGGUCAAAUUGGAGUGGUGAUUGUUGUUGCCGGAAUGCUUGGAUCCGUUGUCGGAGGCUUUUUACUGGACAAAUUCAAAAAAUUCAAGUUAACUACCAUACUUGAUUAUUUGUUCUCUUUCUUCGCUAUGCUCGCCUUCACUUUCACAUUGGACCUCGGCUCAAUUGUGGUUGUAUUUGUGAAUGCAUUUGUACUUGGCUUUUUCAUGACUGGUUACUUACCAAUCGGCUUCGAAUUUGCUGCUGAAAUCACAUUCCCAGCGGCUGAAGGUACUACUGGUGGUCUGCUGAAUGCUAGUGCGCAGAUAUUCGGAAUGUUGCUAACGUUAGCUAUGGGGUUGGUUAUGCAUGGAAUAAGUACAUUUUGGUGCAAUAUAAUAAUGAGUACCGCGCUCAUACUUGGUACCAUCCUCACAGGUAUGAUCAAAGAAGAUCAGAAGAGGCAAAAAGCACAUGCUGGUCGUGUUCACCUUCCAACCUCAGCUACUCAGCUCACAAGUUGCACCUCCGUUAGUGACUAG